AUGUCAAGGAAAAAAUAUAGAUUUCUUUUGACCGCCCUGAAUGAACAUGGUCCAGUUAAUGCUACUUUAGGAUUCGGUGAAUUACUAGCUCGACAUGGACAUCACGUUACUUUCACUCAUCGGAAAAAAUUCAGGAAAGCAGCUGAAGCACGUAAUUUUGAGUUUAUACCGUUUUCUGAUGGAUAUUUUGGUGAUGAUUCCAUGUUGAAUGCGCUUGAUGACAAUUUUGAUAGUUUCCGGGUAGAUCCUCUGGAGCGCCUUAAAAAUUACACUGAUUUGGAUAAACAAAGAUUAGCACUUCUGGUGAAAGAUUAUCGUAAACUUGACUUGAUUCUUCGUAAAAUUGUUGCUGUUCACCAACACCAAUUUGAUGCUUUUGUCCAAGAUUGGUGUGAUCUUACGGGUUCCUUAUUUGCAACAGACCAUCCUGUCAUAUCUUUACAAUCGGCAAAUCCUCUUUUACUGUAUCAUAAUGGUCCACCUUACUCAUUUGGUUUAUCUACGAGAAGCGAUCCAACACUUUGGGAAGAGAUAAGACAAAUUUUUCUGGAAGCCAAUUCAAUUAACAUUGAAAAGACAAAUGAAAUGUUGGUUGAAUUCAAAAGACCACCAGUAUUCAAUCCUCUACGCCAAGUCCUUCCUGUAAAAUCAAUUGGCUUCUAUCAUUAUCCAGCUCUAUUAGAUUAUGAAGAAUGCUUACCUAAAGAACCAAACUGGCAUCGAAUUGAUUACUUUGUUAGAUCAGCUGAGCCAGAAACAAUUGCAGUACCAGUAGACUUUCUUGAUAAACCAGGCAAAUUAAUCUAUUUUUCACUUGGAUCAAUAGCGUCAAAUGAUUUGAAGUUAAUGAGAGAGAUAAUCAGUAUCUUGGCCAAAGCCCCUCACAAAUUUAUCAUUUCAAAAGGUUUUCGUGGUGACUUUCUUGAUUUGGCUGACAAUAUGUGGGGUGAAAAUUAUUUUGAUCAAAUACAAGUUCUCCAAAUGGUUGAUUUAGUUAUAACACAUGGCGGUAAUAAUAGUUUAAUGGAGAUUCUUUAUUACGCUAAACCACUUAUUGUGAUUCCUUAUUUUUUCGAUCAAUAUGAUAAUGCACAAAGAGUGGUUGACAAGAAUAUUGGAUAUCGCAUUAAUCUCUGGGAGCUUAGCGAAGAGCGUCUUCUAGAUUGCAUUGAAAAAACUUUAAAAGAUGUAGAUAUGCACAAUCGAAUUAAAGAAAUCUCACAAAGUAUGAAAGAUUCCGAUAGCGGCACUCAAGCUGUUGAAAUGAUUGAGAAAAUAAUCGAUGAAGCAAAAGCGCCAGAAAAAAGAUGA